AUGCGCUGGCUGCGUACGACAAGUCGCAGGAUUCUUCCAGCGCGGCUCCUCCCUGCCGCUGGCCAGCCAAGCGCGGAUAGCCGUGGCUCGAGGGGUCGGCCCUCCGCUCUCCCAAGGAGCCCAGCUUGGGUCGAUGUCUUGCUGGAAAAAGUAGAAGCACUACGAUUGCGCGCUGCCGCUAGGAGCGGCGGCCUGUUCUUCGCAUGUUGUGCCCCAAAAGAAAUCGACAUUUUUGAUUUGCUGAUGCUGCUUAGCGCUGUAGAUUCGCUUGGACGCACGUCCAACGCUGAACUGACCUCGAGCCAAGCCUUUGCGACCCCAUGGUACACGACACCUGCAGUUCGAGGCACCCACGCCGCUGUAUCGACAACUUGCGCUGAAAAUCUUCACAAAGUAAUCAUGUGGUGCGGCUAA